AUGGAUCAGAUGAUGAACUUUUGGUUUAGUGGUAAAGCUGGCAAAGAUAUGGAAAAUGUCACCAAGGAUAUCAAUAAUAUGCCAAAAAAGAUUGCAGGAGGAGCAAACAAGAUGGUUAAUUCUGUGACAGCAAAAAAACAAAAGCCACUGAGUGAAUUGUUGCAUGAGUUUGAAUUACCAGCGGGUAUCUUUCCUCGCGAAGCCAAACAUUACGAGUUUGACAACGAAACAAAAAAGCUAACAGUGACCUUACCGACAAUAUGUGAAGUUAGUUAUAGAGACUCAUCGGUUUUGAGGUUUUCGACGAGUGUGACAGGUCAUAUUGAGAAAGGAAAGAUAAGUGAGAUAGAAGGACUGAAAACAAGAAUAGUGAUCUGGGUAAAAGUUACUUGCAUUGUUUGUGAAGAAAUGAACUUGCAUUUCACAGCAGGGUUGGGGAAGACGAGGAGUAGAAAAGUGUAUGAGAUGGUUAGAGACGGAAUAACUGUAGAUAAGUUCUGA